UCGGGCGUAUCCACUUACUUACGACUCCAGCGACCAAUUUCGGAAUUCGAUUAAUAUUGAUUAACUGUCGUCUGUGCCUAUUGCCUCUGUUGUUAGAAGUUAAUCGCAUUAUCAUUGAAUAUUGGUUGCAUGAGGAAAGGUGUUGAUCAAGUCCAUUGUCGUUGGGUCAUAUUUCUGUAAGAGUGUCUUUGUCUGAAAUCAUGAACAGGUCCCACAUCUGCUUCCAAUAUCGCUGCUAUCCAUUUAAGGUUCAGAUCACUGUGCUGCAUCAAUCAUCUUUCGUUAUACCGGUCGUAUAAUAUUAUUGGCUUUUCCGGGCAAAGGAUAUUCAAGUAUUUACGCCCCCUCUUAACGCCUAUCUCUUCCAGAAAAUUACACUGGAUGGACUCUGUAUGUAGAUUUUAGAUAAAUAUUUACUUCGAACGCUUUUCAUAUUCCAAGAAGACAGAGGAAAUUCUGGACAUCUUUUGGACUACUUAAUUUCGGAAGCCUUUUCUAUGGCAGCAGAAAUAAACGGACUCUCGGGACUUUUCCUUAUAAUAGACGUAUAAAGCGGCUGGAAUUAACAAAAGCUCUCAUUCUACUUUGAAUUUGGUUUUUCUUCAUGAGUUCAUGGAUAUAUUUUAAAAGGGGGCGUCAAACAUUUUGCGCAGUAGGUAUAAUUGAUUUUUGUGGAUACUCCAGAAUAUAGUUUCCAUGUACCUUUAGCGCUAUCAAAAAUUAAUUGCAUUUUGCGUGUUUCAAAUUUGAUAUUAUUUCAAUUUUCACCCAACUACUGUACGUAGAGACCAUUGCUGUAUUGUAUUCCAGGGACAAUAAAACUGAUUAUAUCAUGUGACUGAGUUGUUGGCUUCAACAAAAUGAAAAGACCUUGUUUUGCAUUGUGUACGCUGCUAGGCCUGAUUUUAGCAGCUGAAGAAUAUUGCCACGACAUUGAGAACCGAUGCAACUCCCAUUUACGUUGUGGAAAUGCUUUACACAACUUUCAGUUAGUUUGUGGUAGACAGUUGGCAGGAGAGACAAAUGAAUGUACAGAGGAAUGCCAGAGGGCCCUUAUAACACUCGUAUCGAGGGAUGAUGGCUAUGAAUACAUAAACUGUGAUUGCAAGAAGCAUCGUGGAAAAUACUCGGACUGUGACGAAAGAAAACAAAAUUUACAAGUGUGCAAGAGCGCACUUGAUGCAGUAGAUAGGAAUAAUGACCCAUCAAAACCGAUCAGUUGUUCAAUUGCUCUCUGGAUUUGCGUUACGGACAGUGAGUGCUCUUCUGCUUUGGUGUAUUACAAAAGCCAUUGUGGGAAUUUGAAGGAAAUAGGCUCAUGUCCCGAGAGAUGUAAUACUACGAUUAACAUACUUUAUCAGCAGAAAUAUGCUUUGAAACUACAGAAUUGUAUUUGUGAUGAACUGUUGGAGGAUUUUAAUUGUUACGAACUCCAGCAGAACACCAAAGAAUACUGCUUUAAAAAUAGAUAUUCUAUUGUUAAUAAUAACAAACGAUCACCUUAUAUGGCCCGCGAUGAAUCUACUGGUAACCGUUCCGAGGGACGGUGGUUUGCAUUUUGGAUAGUGGUGACCACUAUAUUAUUAUGGCGACUCGAAUGUUAAUACUGGGUCUUUGUUUUCUUUGCUCACAAUUAUUUGUAUAUAUUGAUCAUUUUAUAUAUACAUUCUUGUUUUAUAUUGUUGAUAUGUAGUAGAUUUAUGACGUAACUAAAAGUCAUGUAUUUUUGCAGAAUCAAUUUCAUUAUACCUCGUCCUGAUAUUGCAAGCCACACAGUUUAGUUUUUGCAAUGACAAUGAUCUGUCAAAACUUAUUAAGCAAUAUCACGCGUGUUUUAUCGCUUAUAGCGCUUUAACUUCUAUUUCGAGGUUGUUUGUUUAUGGUAUUCGAACAUUGCAGGUGUAAUUUUCAUCUUCCUAGUCAAUAUAGAAAGUUAUUAUGUUAUUGCUCAAUGAAAGCAAAGGUCACCCACAUAUAUUUUGUAACUACAGGUGCAUUUUUGGAUAA